GCAAACAUAAUUUGUCUUCGCGGAUCAAAAAAAAAAAAAAAAACAUAAUUUAUCUUCCAAUCUAGUCACAUUUCGCCAGUACCCACCUGGCCAUCUCCCAAAGAUAAGAGAUUAUUUGCUACGUUGGAAAGAUACUAGAUCUGUUCAUCAGUGAGUGGAUUCAAUCCCCUGGUCAAGAUUCAGAAAAACUCAGAACAGAAAAUCCCAAGUUUCUUUUUUUCCUUUGUCUUUCUGGGUCUUGUUUUUUUAUCAUAGGAGAGGGUAAGGAGAUGAGUUCAUCCAAGACAGUGAGAAAGCUCCAAGUGGUCUCACCAGUUCCCGCUGAUAUAGACGUAGCAAAUUCUGUUGAGCCUCUCCACAUCACUGAAAUUGCCCAAGAACUGAAUCUCAGUCCCAAUCACUACGAUCUCUAUGGCAAGUACAAAGCCAAGGUGCUGUUAUCUGUAGUUGAUGAACUGGAAGGAAGUGGGGACGGGUACUAUGUGGUGGUUGGAGGAAUCACUCCAACACCUUUGGGAGAAGGCAAAUCCACAACUACUGUUGGUAUCUGUCAGGCUUUGGGAGCUUUUCUUGACAAAAAGGUUGUCACCUGCAUUCGUCAACCUUCGCAAGGACCAACUUUUGGAAUCAAAGGGGGUGCAGCAGGUGGUGGUUAUAGCCAAGUGAUUCCGAUGGACGAGUUCAACCUUCAUCUGACGGGUGAUAUCCACGCCAUCACAGCUGCAAAUAAUCUUCUAGCCGCAGCCAUAGACACACGAAUUUUCCAUGAAUCUACCCAAAGUGAUAAGGCUCUUCUCAACCGGUUAUGCCCUCCAAACAAAGAAGGUAAACGAAGUUUCAGUGACAUAAUGUUUAGGCGUCUUAAAAAACUCGGCAUUUCCAAGACCAAGCCCGAGGAUCUUACCUCACAAGAAGUCAAGAAGUUUGCUAGACUUGAUAUAGACCCCGAUUCCAUCACGUGGAGGAGGGUUAUGGAUAUCAAUGAUCGGUUCUUGAGGAAGAUUACUAUUGGUCAGGGUCCUGAGGAAAAAGGGAUGGUGAGAGAAACUGCAUUCGAUAUCUCAGUUGCUAGUGAGAUAAUGGCGGUUUUGGCCCUCACGACUUCUCUAGCCGAUAUGAGGGAGAGGCUUGGAAACAUGGUGAUUGGAAAUAGCAAAUCCGGAGAGCCCAUUACCGCCGAUGAUCUUGGUGUUGGAGGUGCUUUAACUGUGCUCAUGAAAGACGCUAUUAACCCCACUUUGAUGCAGACUCUAGAGGGCACCCCCGUUCUUGUCCACGCUGGUCCCUUUGCCAAUAUUGCUCAUGGGAAUUCCUCUAUUGUGGCUGACAAGAUUGCAGUAAAGCUGGUGGGACCAGGUGGUUUCGUGGUUACAGAAGCUGGAUUUGGUGCUGAUAUUGGUACCGAAAAGUUUAUGAACAUAAAGUGCAGAUAUAGUGGCUUAACACCUCAAUGUGCCAUAAUUGUUGCGACAAUAAGGGCUCUGAAGAUGCAUGGGGGAGGCCCUGAAGUUGUGGCGGGGAAGCCUCUUGACCGCACUUACAUAACUGAGAAUGUCGGUCUUGUUGAAGCCGGUUGUGUGAAUCUGGCUCGGCACGUGUCAAACACAAAGGCUUAUGGUGUCAACGUUGUGGUUGCUGUUAAUAUGUUCGCUACAGAUUCAGAGGCAGAACUGAAUGCAGUUAGAAAUGCUGCAUUGGCUGCUGGGGCCUUUGAUGCUGUGAUUUGUACUCAUCAUGCACACGGUGGAAAAGGAGCGGUGGACCUUGGCAUUGCAGUUCAGAAAGCAUGUGAGAAUGUUACACAACCGUUGAAAUUUCUAUAUCCUUUGGAUAUUAGCAUCAAAGAGAAGAUAGAGGCAAUCGCAAAGUCCUAUGGUGCCAGUGGGGUAGAGUACUCGGAUCAGGCUGAGAAGCAGAUAGAGAUGUACAGCAAGCAAGGGUUCUCUACUCUACCAAUUUGCAUGGCGAAAACACAGUAUUCAUUCUCCCACAUUCCUUCUGAGAAAGGAGCCCCAAGCGGUUUUGUCUUACCAAUCAGGGACGUAAGAGCAAGCAUUGGAGCUGGAUUUAUUUUUCCCUUGGUUGGGGCAAUGAGCACGAUGCCUGGGCUUCCCACAAGGCCUUGCUUCUACGAUAUCGAUAUUGAUACCACCACUGGGAGGGUUAUUGGUCUUUCUUGAAGCUCAUUUAUCCGGACAAUGUUCAUUUUGUUUUUUUGUGAGUAUUUGUAAUAGGUACACCAACUUAGUGUAUCUGUUUCCUUUCACGAACAUGUUAGAGCCCCAGAGCCGCUUCUUGUGUGGGCUCCCCAUGUUUCGUGAGAGAAACAAGUACACCAUGCCUGUUACAUGAAAUACCACCUCCAUGCAUCCAUGAAAUCCUACUGGGAUUCUGUCUUUGGCAAAUUCAUUGAAUAAAGCUGAGUUUCAAGUCAA